AUGGUCAAGGCGCCAUUUCAUUUUCUCUUUUUCACGCUUAUCUUUCCAUUCCUCCCUUCCUUUCUUUUCCUACCUUAUUUUCUUCCUUACAUCUAUUCCUCCCUUCCUUCCUUCCUUCUUUACUUCCUUCCUCCCCCUUCCUUCCUUCCUUCCUUCCUUCCUUCCUUCCUUCCUUCCUUCCUUCCUUCCUUCCUUCCUUCCUACUAUUGUUUCUAUCUUUUUUUCUUUUCUAUCUUCCUUAUUAGUUACCUCCUUCCUUCCUUCCUAAAUUUCUACCAUCCUCCCCCCUUCCUUCCUACAUUUCAUUCAAUCAUUCUUUCUUUCUUUCUUUCUUUCUUUCUUUCUUUUCUUCUUUCCUUCCUUUCUUUCCCUAAUUCCUUCCUAAAUUUCUGCCAAUCUUUCACUUUCCUUCCUUCCUUCCUUCCUUCCUUCCUUCCUUCCUUCCUUCCUUCCUUCCUUCCUUUCAUUCUUUCUUUCUUAUUUCGCUCCUUUCUUUCUUACCCCCCUCCAUUCUUCUCCUUCCUUUUUUCCGUCUUUCUUUUCUUCAUUCCAUCUAUUCCCUCCUUUCUUUCUUCCUCUCUACCUUCUUUCUUUUCCAUCUUUCUUUUCCUUUCCUUCUUUUCUACAUACCUUCCUUUGUCUCAUUCUUUUCUUCCUUCCUUAUUUCAUUCCUUCCUUCCUUCCUUCCUUCCUUCCUUCCUUCCUUCCUUCAUUUCCUUUCUUCCUUCUUUUGCUUACUAUCUUUCAUCCUUCCUUUUUCGUUUUUAA